UCACUCUGAGUUUCUGACACCACUACCUCAACAACACACAAACACACACGCACAACAACGUUCCCACUUGCUUCUAUCAGCUCAGAAUUUCGAAAAAAACAGAAUCUCUCUCUCUCCUCUGUUCAUGUUCUGCUGCAUCAAUCAACAUGGAACUCGUUCCAUAUUCUGACCCAAACUCUGCCACCCCAGCAUGGCAGGACAUGUUCCGAUCCGCAUCUAGCAGAAAACCCAACUCCACCCCUCAUCCUCACGCGCCGCAACCUCAAUCCCACGCGCCUCCGCCUCAACCCCACGAGCCGCGGCCGCCUCAGAAUGACGGCGACCCAGAUGGAAAAAACAAAUUUUCCGGCGAUCCCCAGGUAAGGCUCGCUCUCUACAUAGCCAUGGCACAUGCGGGGCUUGCCUUCGCCAUUUUCGUCCUUUACACUGUGUCAAAGCUAUUGGAUCAGUACAUGAGACCCCUCCAAUGGGCAGUGUUAUGUUCAAUCCCUCUCAGGGGGAUUCAGCAAACCCUUGUUGCAUUUUGGUCUGAAUCCCUCAAGUUAGGCCUCACAGAAACUGUUCUUGCUGUUCCUGUUGCUGUGUUCAGAGUUUUUGUGGGUACCCUUGUUGAGAUUCGUGAAGCUUCUUUUAGGGUGAUUCUUAGGAAACCGAAGCCUGAGAACCACCCAGAUAGGAAACGUAGUGGGUUUUCCAAUUUGCUUCGUUUGCUUGUGUCUUUUGGGAUAUUCAUCGUUGUUUAUGAGAGGUUGGGUUGUUUUGGGGCUAUGUCACUUUUGGUUUUGGGUUUUGUGUUCAGCUCAAAGAAUGUGGAUUCCACUAUGUCCACUUUGUCUUCUUUCAGGAGCAGCAGCUUCAGGCGCAGUUCAAUCAGUGCUUUUUUCACCAGAGGGAUAUUGAAGAGGUUGAAAACUGUUGUGGCAGUUGGGCUUAUUGUUGGUAUGAUUGUUGGGUUUUUGACUGGGUUGAUUUUCUUCUCUUAUAAGAUUGGAGUUGAAGGAAAAGAUGCUGUGAUUUCUCUUAAAUUGCAUGUUGAAGAGAGCAAUUAUGCUGAGAAAAUUGGUGUUAAGAAGUGGAUGGAUGAGAAUGAUGUUACUGGGGUGGUGGAUAGUUACACUACUAAGUUCUAUGAGACAGUGUUUGAUCAGAUUGAUGGGUUGGCUGUGCAGUAUAAUAUAACUGAAUUUGUGACUGGCAUUAAGCAUUUUGUCAUUUCUACUCCUGUUAACUCAUCAGCACGUUCAAGAUCUUUGAUGACCUCCCCACCAUACACAGAAAAGCUCUUGAGUUUGAAAAGCCGAAUUAGAAACAGGGAAUGGAGCCAGAUUUAUGCAGAACUCGAUUCCCUUUUCCGGGAACUUGUAAUCACCCGUGAGGAUUUAGUUGAGAAGGCCAAAGGAUUUGCUAUUAAAGGAAUUGAUGUAUCUCAACGUGUUUUUGCUAGUAGUAGAACUGUGCUUGGAAGCAGUGCAAAAUUUAUGUUCUCCAUUGCAAAUUCCAUAAUCUCUGGAGCUGCAGAGGUUUUCAAUUUUGUAUCUCAGUCAAUGGUAUUUAUUUGGGUUUUGUAUUAUCUCAUUACAUCAGGGUCUGGUGGAGUAACAGAACAACUGAUGUGCAUGCUUCCAAUGUCAAACCCUACUAGAGUCAGAUGUGUUGAAGUCUUGGAUAAAGCUAUUUCAGGAUCCCUUUUGGCCACAGCUGAGAUUGCAUUUUUUCAAGGAUGUCUUACUUGGCUUUUAUUUAGGUUAUACAAAAUACAUUUCUUGUACAUGUCAACUGUUCUUGCCUUCUUCAGUGCUCUGCUACCAAUAUUUCCAUCUUGGUUUGCAACAAUCCCUGCAGCUAUACAACUAGUGCUGGAAGGCAGAUACAUAGUGGCCAUUGUCUUGUCUGUUAUUCACCUUUUCCUCUUGGAUUAUGGAGCGUCAGAGAUUCUGGAAGAUGUGCCUGGAAAUAGUGCAUAUCUUACUGGGUUGAGCAUCAUUGGGGGAGUGACAUUGUUCCCAUCUGCUCUAGAGGGGGCUAUUAUGGGCCCAUUGAUAACUACAGUUAUGAUUGCUCUGAAGGAUUUGUAUGCUGAAUUUGUUUUGGAAGAACCUAAGGACAAGGCCAAGGAGAAAGUUAGCUAAGCUUCUUCUCGUGUCUACAAAAGUAUUUUUUUGCAGUUGAAGUUUGCUACAAGUGUGCAUUGCUCUAUUAUGCCUUUGUUAGUGGAGUUUGCCUUCAGAUUUGUGAUAUGCUCAUAAUUAUAUGUUUUCAGAAUAGGACCUUUUUUUUAUCCAUUUCAGGGGUCAUCAAAUAUUUUCACUUGGUGGCAGUGUUUGAUAAUUGUACACUUACAUCUGUAAUUUAUUCUUGUAACUAUUUUUGUUAUUCAUUGUAUAAAAGAAAGAAAAACUCAUGUAAGCUUGU